AUGGUUUGGGUCCGUGCAGUUUCGUGCUGUGACGACUUCGAGUGCGUGGCCUCAGGAUUUGGUGGCGUGUGUGUUCGCCGUCCAGAGCAGUGUCUACCGGAGCAUAGCACCUGUGGCUGGGCAGAUCAGCAAACACAGCCUUGCUGCGGCAACGCGAAGUGCCAACAGCUCUUUGGUGGCAGUGACAUGAAGUGCGUGGAGCAAAAAAGCUGCGUGGCAGUGAACGAAGUGUGCGGAGGGCUGGGCCAGCCGUCACAGCAGUGCUGCGGCAACGCGAAGUGCCAACAGCUCUUGGGGGGCAGUGACAUGAAAUGCGUGGAGCAGCAAAGCUGCGUGGCAGUGAACGAAGUGUGCGGAGGCCCAGCCCAGCUGACACAGCAGUGCUGCGGUAAUGCGAAGUGCCAGCAGCUUUUUGGUGGCAGUGACAUGAAAUGCAUGGAGCAGCAGAGUUGCGUGGCAGUGAACGAAGUGUGCGGAGGCCCAGGCCAGCUGACACAGCAGUGCUGCGGUAAUGCGAAGUGCCAGCAGCUUUUUGGUGGCAGUGACAUGAAAUGCAUGGAGCAGCAGAGUUGCGUGGCAGUGAACGAAGUGUGCGGAGGCCCAGGCCAGCUGACACAGCAGUGCUGCGGUGCCAGCAAUGCGAAGUGCCAGACAGUGGCCAGACACAGCAGUGUUGCGGCAAUGCGAAGAGUAGCCUUUGAUUCGGUUCGGGAAUGUACAGAGCCCACAGCACUUCAGGCCAUUGUAAAGUUUGACCUGCAAUCUGUGGUCCGACGAACUCGGCCUCGCGAACGGGUGGCAAUUCCAUACAAGCGAACACAUGCUCGAUGUCCGAACUGUCUCGUAGAUGUGAUGCGGCGCUCUGCCAGGCAGAAGUCGCGGAGUGUAGAGAGAGGCUUCAGGCUAGCUGUCGUGUUGAACACUGAAGCAACCGACAAUGGCAAGUUUGGACCUGGCGAUUUCCGGCUGAAGUGCCGGGGAGAUGGCGACCAAGAUCCCUCCUGGCCCAAUCUUUGGGGCAUGACCCGCGUGGACGUGGAGCGCGCCUGGGCGCGGGUGGAGGAUCUCGGGGUGCAAAGCCAGGAGGUGGUUGUGGCAGUGAUCGACACGGGCGUGCAGCUGGACCAUCCCGACCUGCGAGACAUGCUCUGGACCAACACUGGUGAGAUCCCUGGCAAUGGGGUAGAUGAUGAUGGCAACGGCUACGUCGACGACGUCCAUGGCUACAACUUCUACGACUACAAUGGGAACCCCGACGACGACAACGGUCAUGGGAGCCACUGCGCCACUGGUCCGCAUUCCCGGGGCAAGGUUUGA